AUGAAUGAGGCAGCUUCAAUAUCUGCCUUUCGAUCGAAGAGGCUGGAGCAAUUCAGACAAAACCUCACAACCUCGAUUAUAAAAGUACUAGAAGAUGCUUCAGUGUCAAGAUCUUCCUUCGUCACAAGCUACAACGUCAAAUUACUGACAGAACAGUUCGUACAAAAUGUUGAUUGGCCAGCGCUCUGUCGCCAUCACGACGAGUUGUGUGCUAGACGAAAUACAGCAGGAUCGACUCCUUUGCAAGAGAUAUGCGAUAUUUUGGGUCAAUUACUUCCUUUUGCUUGCAAUCUUGUCACGAUUCGUGUGUUGCUUUCAGCUCUCUUGCAUUCGUCUGAGCAGCAUAAGGAAGCUACCACUACGCGGUUUCUUCCCUCACAAGAAGUGCUUCAAGCAAAGAUUGUUCAUUUAUUGAACCGCUGUCCCUCCAUCCCUUGUAAAUCUGCGUUUCGAGGGGUACUCAAUACAACAAAUUUGGCUGCCCGCCAGCUGAAUCUCUUGGUCUCGAUUGCCUAUCAGUUGGCCCAAGACUGCAACCGCUAUCGAAUUGAUAUGGUAGAAGUUAUGAUUCAAGUGACUAGACUCCUCGACGACAAACUGAAAGAAUCUAUAUCGAUUAGAAAUAUGGCUGCAGUCAGUGGUCCUGUUGACAGGCAGCAUGUACAAUUAUUCCAACGACGAGUCAAGAAGCAACGAUAUACGCUUUCCGACCUUCACGACAAAGAAUUAUGCCAUGCCAAUUCUAGCUACUUCUCAGCAUCGAGAUUCCCCGUUACAGAACCAGUAGUUUCGCUGAAGAGAGUACUACAAACAAAGGAUCCCUCGAUCACUAAUCCAUCCUCGAAAGCCUUUGACCUGGACACACAUAACCUGACAAUCCGAGCUCUCACCCGGGCCUACAAGAAGUUAGUCAAAAUUUCGGCCUCCCAUCACCACCCCUUACGAAUAUUCGCCAAUGCUGCUCAGAAGCAUAACACAAAGGAGGCCAAAUUGCCAUCAAUCCAAAUGUGCGGUUGGAUGAAGCUGAUCAAUCUCCAACCUACCUGCCCAUCACUGCGCCUUGGACUCUUACUUUCAGCAUCCUUGGAUCAGCCCGCAGAAAUAGCCACACUCUACUGGCAGGCAUAUAAAAAAUCCAAGGAUUCUAUUUGGCUACGCUUCUUUUCGGAAGUGGUUGCAUCUUCACGCUAUUUUGACAACCCGCUGCACUGUUGGACUGCCGCACAACCACUUUGGGAUCACCUGGAGGCAGCAUCAACUGAUCCUAAUCCUGGCCCUGUGGCAGCUUGGGCCCACUUGCUGACGAUACGUGGGCGCAUUUGGGAAUACCAUGAUCCAAAGGAAUUUGUCCGACGCAAUACAAUCUGUUCCAUUCACUAUGGUGAUGCUGAACAGUGGCGACUAGCGCUUCCACAGUUUUCCAUCACACUGCAAAAGUAUGGCAUCCUGGGAUUGAUGGAAUUGAGCCGCUGGGAAGAUGAUCACAAGGAGGAUUUUGAAGCUCGAGAUGGAGUUGCCAACGCUCGAAGUAGCGAGGAUGGAUUCCAAGAGUGGCCAUUCGAAGAAGCCUACACAAUCGUCGGUGCCUGGUCAAGGUUGAUAGAACGUAGAAGUGGUAAAGCGAUGACAUCACUAUCGGAGGAAUUCCAAAAGUGUUUGUCUUCCCCAACGCAUUAUGAGGAUUUUCUUGCCAGUGAUGCGGCCACGAAAGGUGAAGAUGACAAAAAUCAAGCAGCAGCUUCCACAAAUCCACCACUUUUUGACCAUUUGAAUACUGACAUUCAAUACAGCUUUUUGGGAUAUUUGGAUCAUUUGGAUUUGACGCGAGUACGCGGUGUCUGCCAGGUUUGGAGAAGGAUGGUUGAUGACGACAAGGCCAGCUUGUGGCACAACGCAUACAAGCAUCGAUUUGGUCCCUAUCAGUUGGAAGCACCAUUGAAAGACAAUGACAACAACCACUGGUUCUCCUUGUUUCGCGCGAAAUAUUUGAUGGAGUUGCCGUUGCGAUUCAAGCGCAACACAAAGACAGCCUAUCGACACCAUACUUGCAAUUAUAUUGGGUGCGAUUUUGUAAUAAAGUCAGAAAAACAAGAGGCCCAGCACGAACAGCGUCAUAUUCGUCACAUUGCCAAACGUACAGAAAUGGCAGAACGAGAGCGAGAACGUCAAAGGAAACGGAAACGACGAGAAGAAGAAAAGGAGCAGAAGGAGCAAGAACGACUGUUUGUUCAAUAUCUCAAGGAAGAAGCUAAGCGGGAACGUAACGGUGGAUAG